AUGUUACGUAGAACACCCAUUUCGAGUUCUAUAUUCAAUUAUGGUCGUCACAAGAGCUUACAGUUUCGUUUAUUCUCAACCGAAACAAUUUACAAGCUUAGUGGGAGAAAUAGGCAGAGAAUUUAUGCGUUAAGAAAGGUUUACUCGCCUCUUCUGAUACAUAAAAAAGGGUCACAAGAAUGGAUCAAACUUAUUAACUCUGGGAAAGUCUGGGAGGACUACUUUCGUCCAUUUGAAUGGCGCGCACAAGAUUAUGACUUUCAAGCAGAAUACAACCGUUUUUUGAAAGUAAUCGAUGGUAUCAAAGGCUCCUCAAAAAUUCCGUCUGUGGACCUUCUACGAGGAAUGAUCGUGAGCUUUACACAGCACAGUUGCGCCAUGGAAGGAAAUACACUGGGACUAAGGGAAACACAAAGAGUUUGGAAUUCGUUGAAUAAGAACUGCAACUUGGGUGAUUUUCUGAAAAAUCAAGAAAUGAUGCUACCUGCACCAAAUAUUCUUUCUGAUAAGCCAGAAGAUGAAGUCAUCGAAAUCCGAAAUCAUCUACUUGCAACUUAUUUUCUUUAUAAUAAUUUGUAUAAGUGUGAGCACGAAAUUGACCUUGAUAGUAUCAAGAAGGUCCAUCGCAUUCUUUUAAAAGAUACACCUAUGGAGGUAAUUGAAUUGGAGGAGGACGAAGCUCAUGAUCGUUCACUUUAUCAACACGCAGGAGAGUUCCGAAAGGUGGAAGUAGAAGCACGUGGUUCUGUUUACACCGUUUAUCCACUUCCAGCGGAAGUGCCUGCAUUGAUGGAAAGAUUCAUACAAUUUCGGGACGGGAGCAAGAAUAGUGGUCUUCAUCCUCUCAUAAUUGCGAGUCGUAUACUUUCAACCUUCCUUCAUGUUCAUCCAUUUAUCGACG